AUGUUCAAAAACGUUUUGAAACCAGGAAUUGUUAGUGGUCUAAGACCCCAAGUUAUGACCUCAAACACAAGAGGUUUGAUGGCUUCUUUUAUUCGUCGUCAGUCUAAUGUCGUCACCAAGAAGACUACGGCUCAAGAAGAGUACGAGUUGCUAGUUUCUCAGAGAAAAGUUAGACCAGUGUCUCCUCAUUUGACCAUUUAUCAACCACAAUUGACAUGGUAUUUAUCGUCCGUGCAUCGUGUUUCCGGUGUUUUCUUGGGUCUAGCGUUCUAUGCAGUAACUAUUGCGUUCGGUGUUUCCACUGUGUUCGGUCUAGGAAUGUCCACAGAGAAUUUGGUUCAAUUUUAUAACGAAAAGAUCCCAUCCUGGAUUGAUUUGACCGCAAAGGCUGGGUUCGCAUACUUGUUUGCAUUCCAUUUCGGUAACGGUAUCAGACAUCUGAUCUGGGAUACCGGUAAAGAGUUGACCUUGAAAGGUGUCUACAGAACAGGUUACGCUGUGCUAGGAUUGACUGCUAUCAUGGGUUCUUACCUAUUAACAUGGUAA